GUGCUGUUGCACUGCAGAUGUUUAACUCUUUCCUCUCCUGCUGUUUGUGUCCUAUCAGUGGAAGAUGGCGACCAGAGUCCUUCAGACCUCCUGCUCGGGCCUAUAUCAGGCUAGAAACACGGGCCGGGCGAAAGGACAUGUUACUGCUGUUAUCAGGGGUCUGUCAGCAUCUACUAACCGGAAUCGAGAGGACAGCUGGUUCAAAUCACUGUUUGUGCGGAAGGUGGAUCCGAGAAAAGACGCGCACUCCCAUUUGUUAGCCAAGAAAGAGGAUAACAACUUGUACAAAAUACAGUUUCACAAUGUGAAGCCCGAGUGUCUCGAGGCGUACAACAAACUCUGUGAUGAGGUGCUGCCGGCCAUCCAUAAUGACAAGCAUUACCCGUGUGAGCUGGUGGGCACGUGGAACACCUGGUACGGAGAGCAAGACCAAGCUGUGCACUUGUGGCGGUACAGAGGAGGAUAUCCAGCUCUUACUGAAGUCAUGAGUAAACUGAAGAAUAACAAGGAGUUCCUGGAGUACAGGAAUGAAAGGGGCAAGAUGCUUCUGUCCCGCAGGAAUCAGCUGCUGCUGGAGUUCAGCUUCUGGAAUGAGCCGGUGCCCAGAGACGGACCCAACAUAUACGAGCUGCGCUCCUACCAGCUGAGACCCGGGACCAUGAUUGAAUGGGGCAACUAUUGGGCGCGAGCUAUCGGCUACCGGCAGCACAACCGCGAGGCAGUCGGCGGCUUCUUCUCUCAGAUAGGAAACCUCUAUAUGGUCCAUCAUCUUUGGGCGUACAAGGACCUGCAGUCCAGAGAGGACACGAGGAACGCCGCCUGGCAACACGAGGGCUGGGAUGAAGUCGUCUAUUACACCGUGCCCCUCAUUCAGCACAUGGAAUCCAGGAUAAUGAUCCCACUGAAGGCGUCUCCGCUGCAGUAAUGAAUCCAUCAAAUCCUCACCGUUACGUCCCCAUGAGCUGAAGGCCAGACCAAGACAUUGGAUACAUUCACUGCCGUGAUCGACUCUGUCGUCAUGAUGCCAACCAACUCGUUCUGAUCCGAACAACUGUCCAAAAGUUGCACCAGCAAACCAAAUUGAAUUUGUAGGAAUGAAGGCUGUUACUGUACUUCACUAAGUGUUGACAAUUCGUCAUGUGAUGUCUUGCGUAAGGCACAUCUAAAAUCUGGUUGUUACAUAAAUCAGCAUAUUGCUAGGCUUGGAAAAACACAACUAUAGAUCUAUUGAAUAAAGAUUGUUGCUAUAUUUAAAGGAUAUGAAAGAAGGGCAGUAAAGUGCAUUGAAUCACCAUAAUACAUUGGCAGUGUAGAGCGUUAACCUUUUCCAGUGUGGUGGCCGAUAAAUCUUUGAUUCCCAAUAUUUCGGUACAGAUUUGGAUGAGUUGAAUAUUGUCAGAAAGCAUUUACUGUUCACCCUGCUGGGAAAAACUCACUUUAAACUCGCUUGAGUGCUGCAAUAUAUUCAUGUAUUUAUUGCAUAUUUAUUUGCUGAAAAUAUAAACCCCCACAUGGAGAGGAUUUCAGGUUAUAAUAACAUAUUAUGAUAAAUACAGCAGAAUCUAUCCUACAUAUUCAGAUAAAAGCCCUGGUCAUUAUGCAGAUGAUUUAUUAAUGCUCCAUACGUUUGUUGCUAAAAUAGUCAGAAAUCAAUUGAACUUGAACUGGGAAAGCCUCAUUGGGGACAGGUUGUGUGCAAAAUUAUUUUUUAGAAAUCGUUUUAUUUAGUUGCUCUAUUUUAUUUGUGUUUGUUUCUACAUAGACAUGCUUUUUACAUGCCUUUUUUGUGUUGUGAAAUGUCUCCAGUUCUGCUUUGAUCAGCAGCUCACUGACAGACUGAUUUCUAGAUUGACUUUGUUUUCUGUGCGACCGCGGCAUGCGUAAUCUACUGUACAUUGAUACUUCGGGAUUUAACAGCACAAAAUGUUUCAAAUCAAUUAAAAACUGUAUUCAAUAAACCAUAACUGAUCAUUCUA